AACAGCGUAGUGCAUAUCCAUCCACAUUCUGACGACCGACUUAACCACCACACAGAGUUUGCGCAAGCGUACGUUACCGUCUCCAGGCUGGAUAACGAGGGACGCUCGGGGGUGUAGACGUGGAGAGACACUGACAAAUCAAUACGGCAAUGUCCGCCGGUAACCAGGCAGUCGGAGCUCAUAGUUCGCGAGGAACGCGUCGAAGGUCCGUGCGCACGCUUAGAGAUUCGUCAGCGACUCUCGUCAGAACAGUCCAUUGCACUCCAUGUCGUCAUCGGCUUCGUCGUAACGCCGUCGAGACAUCUGCCUCUGGCUGCUCGUCCGCCGCUUCAUCCUGAGAUCCCAGCUUCUCGAGGCGAAGUGCGCCGUUUGGAAGAAGGCGGUGGUAUCCUCGAGCGUCGAUGCUCCAGCGGUUCUCCUCGGCCACCGCAGCGACUUCGCGACGAGAGUCUUUCGCUGAAAUCGGAUCUCUCCGCGCAACUCGGGAGAUUCCUCGCCGAUUUUAGUCCCCUCCGGAAACGAAGAGGAACACGCAUACUGCCCUCGGCCGCAUAUACGUUCGGCCAGUUCCGGACUCGACGUGGGAUCUCGCACACGCAUAUAUACAAGAAGAGAGAGACAAGAGCCGACGGGAGGAGAGACUAAGCCGCCUCGCGAGAGACUCUUGAGAGCUACCAAUCGUUAUCAGCGUCGCUGGUAAAGUGGUCCAAUCCUUACCCGGUACCACGAUCGAGCUAAUAGGCACCCGCAAGGCCGCCAGGCUACUACAGCGUCUGGUAGGCGUGAGUGAUUGGUCCUUCCGCACGGAUUUACCGAAACAUCCCCAAAACGGCAACCCGUCGUCGUCGUGGUGCUGCCGGGGCCCCGCCGUUAGCCGCGAGAGAUCGCGAGAAGGGAGUUUGGGGGGAUCGGCGGGAGGAUCGGCCUAUUCGUACGAGACCGGAACUCGCUCCUGGUACGCCGCUUGCUGGCGGCCCGGUGAGAUGGAAGAGAAGUCCUCUGCCCGAUUUUCCGAAUACCUGUUCGCCAAGAUGGGCGGGCAGGACGUCUCGGCCUCUCAGGGUCCCCGCAAGGUGACCGCCGACACCAGAAAGUGGAUGCGGGAGAACCUCCUGCUCAUGGUUACCCUAUCCGGCGUGCUCUUCGGCGUAAUCCUCGGAUUCGGCUUGCGUCCCUUGGAUCUCGGAGACGACGCGGUGAUGCUCAUCAGCUACCCGGGAGAACUGUUUAUGAGGCUACUGAAACUGAUGAUCUUGCCUCUGGUAAUCGCCAGCCUUAUAUCAGGUUCAGCGAGUUUGAACGCCAGGAUGAACGGGAUGAUCGCUGUUCGUACUUUGGUGUACUUCAUACUGACGUCCUUGCUCAACGCUAUCCUUGGGGUAGCCCUAGUCCUCGUUAUUCAUCCCGGUAAUCCCGGCAUCAGAGAAUCGAUCGGUCCCUCGCAUCACGCGAGGGCCGUUAACAUACUCGACAGCCUGCUCGAUCUGGGAAGAAACAUGUUCCCGGACAAUCUGUUUCAAGCAGCCUUCCAACAGGCGCACACGGUAUACGUCCCGAAGAAGCAGCCGUUCCAAAACGACACCGACCGGCUGAACGAGGUGCUGGGGGACGAGGAGCUGAUGAGAGUGAUACAAUACAGAAGCGGCACGAACACUCUGGGCAUAGUUUUCUUCUGCUUGGUUUUCGGCACGUUUCUGGGAACGUUAGGCGAGAAAGGCCAGGUCGUGAUAGACUUCUUCAAGGCUGUGUUCGAAGUAAUCAUGCGGAUGGUAUCGACGGUCAUGUGGAUGACACCAGUCGGCAUCACCUCCGUGAUAGCGGGCAAAAUACUCGGCGUGGACGACCUGGUACUGGUGAUGUCGCAGUUGGCGUGGUUCAUCGUCACGAUCGCGAUCGGUGUCUUUCUCUAUCAGCUGGUGAUCAUGCAACUGAUAUAUAUGGCCUUCGUUAGAAAGAACCCCUUUAAAUUCUACGCCGGCCUGGCCCAGGGUACCCUCACCGCCUUCGCCAUGGCAUCAACGGCUGCCGCGCUUCCUGUGACUUUUCGUCUGAUGACCGAGAAGCUCAGAGUCGACCCUAGAGUCACCAGAUUCGUCCUGCCGAUCGGUUGCAAUAUUAACAUGGACGGUACCGCGCUCUUCGUCGCAGUGGCUAGCAUAUUCAUCGCUCAGAUGAACGGCAUCUUUCUCGGCUUCGGGGAGAUUAUCACCGUCAUUCUGACGUCCACCGCUGCUUCCGUGUCAUCGGCCUCGGUACCUAGCGCUGCCCUUGUCCUGCUGUUGGUCGUCCUAAGCGCCAUAGACGCUCCUGUUAACGACGUGUCUCUCUUGUUCGCCAUCGAUUGGUUCGUAGAUCGGAUAAGGACCACCAACAAUAUGCUGGGAGACUGUUACGCCGCUGCCGUGGUCGAGCAACUGUCCAAGAAGGAACUAAUGGCAUUGGACGCGGCAGCCUAUCAAUCGGAGACGGUGCUGCCAACCACCAUCGCCAAUGGAUGUAUUUCCGCCAACAGGGUACCUGAUCCUGACACUGUGGUCGUCGAGAUGCAGGACGACGCACGGAUAACGGGGAUCGCCAAGUAAACACACUUGUUGCCUCGGAGCAUUGCACAUGUCACGGAGUGUGACGGAGGAGACCGUUUGACUAGUGGCUAGCCUCGCAGAAUAGUUCAACCACCGUGUAGAAUCCUAUCAACGAGUAAAUAAUCUCAGCUCCGCGAGCUGGACGAGCGCAUUGAGCGACGGGACAACGGCCUGUUCAUCAAGGAUCAAAAAAGGGUACAUAGGUUGCGCUAACGGCGCGUUUAGUUCCUCUGCUUCUCCUCGUUCUGAUAAUUUCCGAAGUUCGCAAGGAUCUUCCGCGGUGGAGUUCUGCAAAACUAACAAUGAGAAAGAGAAAGAUGGAGAGAGAGAGAGAGAGAGAGAGAGAGAGAGAGAGAGAGAGAGAGAGAGAGAGAGAGAGAGAGAGAGAGAGAGAACUCUCACGGUCGCCAGUGCGACCCACUGGGAAAUUCAAAGUCAAUAAAUAAUGCGGAGAAUGCGUUGCCACGUUGAGAGAUGCAGAUACAGCAAUAAGAAACGAUAUACGUAAACUUUUAAAAUGCUUCAGUCGAGAUUUCCGCAAGCUCGGAAAAGAAGGAUGCUCUGUCAGAGAGGAGGAUGCGCGAUGGCAGUUUCGCCGUCGCGCAUCGUCAACUACGCUCGACGUUGUCGAAAUGUAAUUAAAGAGUGGAGGUAUGAGUCGUUCAACGACCCCCCUCCCCCAACCCAGGAAAAUUACAGACUGAAUUGGCAGAAGAGGUUGAUUGGACUGGCCGACCGACUGACCGACUGACCGUACGACUCGAAACUUGAAUAGACGAUAGAUGAUCGUAGGGCGAAGACUCAUACACAAAGUAGCGAGAAAAAUGCAAAAACAGGAAACAAAGAAAAAAAAAAUACCAGGUGAUCACCGAUUCGACUGCGCUACUCCCGUAGGAAUCAGUGAUCGUUUCUACGAUCGAUCGCGUAAACAGCGUCGAAUGUGGUGCCUUAUUUCAAUGCGCCAAUUACAGACAGGCGCGAUGAAAGUAACGAGAGUUUCUUAUGUUCUUUUUUCGGGUGUCACCCUUGCGCGUAUUAAUGUGUGUCGGCGCUGAUUCCAAUUACUGACGCUUUUUCGAUGUAUUUAGAACGUCCUAGGCCCCGCACACGCAUAUAGACACACACGUAUACACACACACACACACACACGCGCGCGCGCGCGCGAUGGAUCGAGCACACGACUGUUUUCAGUGACACGCAACGGAUACCAGUUUCUACCGAUGAUAGAGAAAUUUUUUACGACGACUGUUGGGAAAAAGAACUCGAUGUGAUAACAUUGUUAGAUAGCUAUGUGCAUACCUACAUAUCUAGGACACACACGACGCAGGUACAUUCAAUCGCAUCCUCAUAUACAUAUACCUAUACUGUAAUACCGUAUUUAGGCUACUUGACCAAAGACCACGCGUACUUCGUAUCGCGUAUCGUCGUCACUGAUCGCAAUCCGAAAUAUGAGAGAGAAAUUCCAAAACACGACUCACACGCGUCGACAGUGCAUGUUUCUGCGGGGAUCAAUGUUUAAUCACACGCGAAAAAUGCGGCUGAAAAAAAAGAAGAAAAAAAGACUUACGCGAGCGGGCGCGGGACUUUAAAUAGUUUUUAAAAGUCAUAUCGAGGAAAUUAACUAUCGGACCAUUAAUGAACGGAAAACUGACGCGUAGAACUAUUUACGUGCCCCGCUUUCAAAAGACACGUGUGUUUUCGGACGAAAGGGUGCUCGUCGAGACGGAAGCUUGAGAUCCUGAUCCUGUUCAUCGUGCUGAGAAAGUCGGGCGACUCGAGGGAAUUACGUUUUCUGCCCGUUUAACACAAGAAAUUUUCAUAAGAAAUUUUUCACACACACACACAUCGGGGAUAUCGCGAGAAAGAAUCGUUUCCCUCGGGUAAUUCCUUAUAUGAGGAGGCACGUUUUUUGAAAUUUCCGAUGACGUUCGUGUUUUCGUCGGGUACGACCACGAGUGUACAAGGACUCUGUCUCGUCGCGCCUUUUCGGCUAGUAUUCCUUGCCGUAGAGUAAAUAUACCUUCCAGUAUAAUGUUGUCCACUCAAGUAGCUUAGUAACAACAACAAAAUCUGUGUUUCGAUCGUGAUGCGAGUGACCAUACGUAUCCGAUCUAUUAAAAAAGAAAAAGAAAAAGAGAAAAAAAAAGAGAAAUUAAAUAAGCGCGACUUCUCGUCGAGCGGCAACAAGACUGGACACACCAUAUAACAAUAUCGUUUUUGCUAGACAUAACGUAAUUGGUAAACGAUCCUCUUAUAAAGGUUUCGCUGAUUUUAGGCACUAGGUAGGUAGGUCGAUACGUGUUUCAUCGUAGAGACUGUUUAAAUGUACAAACUAUUCGAGUACAUAGCAUUAUUAGCGUUCAUGGUAAUUAUUAAUGUUCAUUCACCUGUAUGGGUUUCGGCGCGUUAUUCGGGUUGUUUCCUUCGUUAAGCGAUUCGUUCAGCAGUUCGCAUGUGCGAGGGAAAAACAGAUUUCCGUUGUUACGACGAACGGGACAGAGGAAGCGAGCGAAAAAGAAAUUGUUUCACGCUAGCGUAAGGAUUAUUCAAUGCAAUCGCAUGUUAGGUAUACGUUCCAGAAGAUGUAAACUUAAGGGCUAGAACUCGUAAACGCAUGAAUGGUAUUUAUACACACGAAACAUCGAAGUGAGAUCGACUUGACGAUUGAAGCAAUGCAGGAACCAAUAGUUGAGCGAGAGAGUCUUUGGUUAAUACUUAAGAACAAUACAACUGAUAACGGGUACUCUUCGUUAAAUUUUACUUGUGCGGCUAGAUUGUACUUUCGUUUAUUCGAUAGAUUCUCGAGUUAGAGAGAGUUUGGAAUACCCUGCCAUUCUUUCGAGUGAUAUAUCGGGUGCUCCCGUUUUUUCACUCGGCACGUUUUACCCUCGGUCAUUGAGAAAGUAGAGGCACCGACUGUCCUAGUUGCGGGGGCAAAACGGGCGGAGGAAAGAAGGGAUAAACUUAUCAAAAUAAUCCGAUGAAUACGUGUUAAUAUACUUAUAAGGCUCAACGUGUUGUAUAACAAGAUGCAAGUUUAUACGUGGGAAUA